CUCAAGGCUGCGGCCGAAAGCCGCGCAACGUGGGACCCCAUUCCCUUGAGGUGAGCGGUAGACUCAUGACACGCUCUGCGGCCAAUUGGCCGUGCUGACCAUGCAAUUGGUGGUGAUGCCUUACACUUACAUCACGUCUGCAGGAACGGCGGUCUUGCAGGUGGUGGCGCUCACGGAAGGCUUUUUAUGGUCAGUGUGUCGAUUGUUGCCUAACCCGUGUGACGUACAUUUCACUGUGGCUGGAUUUGAUCGUAUUCUGUAUGGCGUUUACACGCAUUGACAUGCGCGACUUCGGUCGAUGUUUGUGCUUACGCACUAUCAAGGGGCCAAGUCCUCUUUUACUGGUUCGCCAGUUAUUUUGCUGUGGACUACGGUCCAGUUCCCAACUUUGCGUACCCUUCGGGGGGAGCGCAUUAAAAUGGUUGGCGCUCACCGUGCGCGGCGUGUGUGGGGCCGUGUACCUCCUCCACAUUUUUUUUAAAAUGUGGGAGAGCGAAGCCCUUGUAGCUGGUAUUUGAUAUAAAUAUUGUGAGCCUUUUCCAAGCGGGAAGGGAUUAAUUAAUAAGGAAUUGACUGUUGUGAACCAGAUACAAGUGGAAUAGGGACAAUUUAUUGUUCUUAACCUUUUUGAGCUCUGUCUUCGUGAACGGGGUUCUUUAGCUUAUAAGACUCUACCAACAGCUUUCGAUUGCUCUCGUGAAUAUUCAUUCUUCCAAGAUACACCUAAAAGAACUAAGUUACUAUACAAACACAACGUAAAAAAGGGUCCUAACUAAGACGAUCACGCCAUAAAUUUAUUAAACGGCCUAUAUUUAAACCUUUAGAAAGAUCAAGUUAUACUGGUCACGUAAAUUAGAUAUAUUUAUAUAUCUUACAGAUAUAGAUUCUAAAGAAAUACAAGUAUAAGUGGGAUAUACUAGAAAAGAGAAAAAAGAUGGGGGGGGGGGGGGUUCGUUACACUAUGCAAGUAUUUACAAAUUUUGACGCCACGGCUGGACACGUCCCUCCCGUCGCAAUGAGACGUAUUUACGCUACCAGGUUUUAACUUUAAAGUAUGGCGUCCUUUUACGACAAAAAAAUACUUGCAAGUAUGAGAAUACUUGCAUAGGAAAAUGAUCCAUAUCUCAAUAGUAAUAAGAAACUCAAUCGUAUUUGUGAAUGAAAAAUACUUUGAACUUCAAAGUAUUUUUUUUAUUUAUACGACUUUGCUCCUUAGUCAUAAUAGCCUAACAUGGAAAGCGGGUCGAAUUCCUAUGCAAGUAUUCUUCCUUAUAUAUUACUAUACUCUUUGCAAGUAUUUUCAAACUGACACCGCGCUGGACACGUCGCGUACCUAGUAAGUAAUAAGAAUUAUGUUUAUAUUCGAGGAAGUAAAAGUUUUGUUUCGAUUACUUGUAAAUUCAAUUGUUAUUGUGAACUGAUUACGUAACCUACUGACCGUGACCAAAGAUGUUUUAUAGGUCCAGAUACCGUGUUGCUAACACACCGCAACGUUCAUAAUGAAGACAGUCUUUGAUUCAUGUGUGCGUGAAUACCACGUGACGCGCAUAUCUUACGCACCAUGACUGCAUUAAUGUGCGUGACUUCGGUAAUAACAGUGCGAAUCGAUUACCCAAAAAAUGUGGGAGAUUUUAUAUUUCAUUCCUAUUGAAGUACCUAUUGAUUCUAAGAGUAUAAAAUGUGUGUGCGUGGCGUGUGCAUUUGUGUGUGUGUGUGUGUGUGUGUGUGUGUGUGUGUAUGGGGAUAUGGUUGCUUAUGCGUGUUUUAUGUAGGUACGAACAUCGCAUUAAAAUAUUGAAGAUAUGUAAAAAAACCUAUAAUUAAUGUAACAGUUAAAAUAAAUAAAAAAGCACAGUAGAUAUUUAUGUAUGUAACAUAUUUAUAAUCUAUUAUUACUAAAUAUAUACAAAGUACUACACUUUUGUACUGUAGAACACAAAUUAUUGACACUUUUUACGAAGACAUUAAAUUAUUUUUCAAUCCUAAGUAAAAUGACGAAAAAAAGUAAAUGAGGAUCAGUAAAGUUAUAGAAAAUUCAAUAAAACUAGUAUCCAUGUUAUUCUUUAUGAGAUAAGAAUUAUAUAUCUUUUUGAAAUAGCCAAAUCGGACCAUUAUUUACGAAAAUAUUAAGUAAUAAACAUAGGCCGUUUCUGUCGCUAAAAGUCGAUGUACGCAGGUCCGCGUGACGUCACAGCGACGGAAACGAACGCGUCAUAGUAGUUCAUACAUGUAUUCUGUGGUAGUUCACGAUUCGUUGGAGUGCGGAGACGCGGUUGGGCACUAUAUUUAGAAAUUUAUUUGAAUAAAGUGUUGUUACAGUAUAAUUUUGUGAUUGUUUAAGUAUUAAACGUACAUAAUAUGAGUGCUAAUAAAGUAGAAGCUAGUUUUGUGCAAGCUCAAUCAGAUAACCUUCCAAAAGUGGAUUCUUUCAUGGUAUUUGAUUAUCUAAGUAAUCAUUCUAAGUUCACCAGCGCCGAAAUCCGUGGUUGGAAACUACAAAGGUAAGGGUGCUGCUUAUUUAUCUACGUUCGUAGGUACCUAUUAGUAAUCUUUAGGAAUAAGCUGUAUAGGUAAAUGAAAGAAAGAAUGAAUGUUGUAUAGUUACAGGGACGUAUUCAUAACUUAUGAAUAAAGUGCUUAUAGUAUCUUGAUAAAAGGAAUGUUGUCUUCGUUCAUACAUAUGUAGAUCAUUUUGCAGAUGGUUUUUUAACUUACUUGCAUUUUAUUUAGUGCAUGGUUCCCUACACUUGCUGAUCUAUGACAGAAACCUUAAUAUUGGUUGCCAAUGGCAGUUUUUUUUUUGUCAUCUUGCUCAUUGUUACAAAUCAUUCGUUCAGUAUGUAUUUAAGUAGGAUGACUUGUAUUGUAUAAAUGAAAAGUGUAUAUAAUACUAGCGAACGCCCGAGGCUUCGUACGCAUAGACUACUAUUUAUUUAUCGUAGAGGAACCGUGUAUUUUUCCGAGAUAAAAUACUUUUUAUACCAGAAAAAUGCACGGUUGCUGUAAAAUUUCAUACAUAUCUGUUCAGCAGUUUUUGCUUGAAAGAGGAGCAAAGAUCCAUUCAUCCUCAUAAACUUUCACAUUUAUAAUAUUAGUCGGAAGUAAGAUAGUAGGAUAGGAUAGAAUGUUGUUAUUUGUAUAUUUUUAUUUGUUUUUUUUUAUUUAUUACAGAUCAGCACGUGAAACCUAUGGAGAUGAUGCUGUAGGAUUUGUUCAAGUCCAGAGGUCGGGACAUGUAUGUACGGUAAAAGCAAAAAUAACGCCUGAACAUAGAAUAAAAAGUAAAGCGUAUAGCUGUACAUUUACAUGUGAUGAAAAAGAGGAAAUGGUUUUGAACGUGAACUGUCAUGACUGUGCUGCUCAAAAGGGAGGCUGCAAACAUAGCGUAGCAUUUUUGAUGUGGCUUCAUAGACGCAGCGAAGAGCCAUCUCCUACUGAAAAAAAAUGUUACUGGGCCAAACCAAAGCUGGCUACUAUAGGUACUAAAUUUAUAAAAGCUAAAGAUAUGGGUCCCAGCUCAGUUACUACUGAAGAUAAAAAUACUGAUAACACCAAUUCAGAUCAGUUUUUCCUAGCAGUUGUGCAAAGCCUAAAGGAAAAUUCUAUCAAAAAUCAGUUAUCAGUAUACGUUACAAAGAAUGAGUAUAAAAAAUUGUCUUUGCAUAACCUCGUUCAUCAAUACAAAAAUGAAGGCAAUAAUAUAAAUAGUGCAGAUGAUUUUAUUGAUUAUUGUUCUACUAAAAUCACCAUAGAGAAAUGUCACAAAGCAGAGGAAGCAACAGUUUGUCAAGCUAGUUCACCGUUAUGGCAUGAGUUAAGGUAUUGUAGAAUAACCGCGUCUAAAGUUCACGAAGCCGCACAUUGCAAGACUCCUGAUGGUGCUUUGAUUGAACAAAUAUUUGGUGCCUAUGUACCAGAGACUCUGUCUAUGAAAAGAGGCAAACGAUUGGAAUCCAAUGUCAGAGCAGAAGUAGCCAAAACAAGGAAAAUAGUUAUUGAAAAUUGUGGUUUCUUUUUAAAACCUGAUUGGCCUCAUUUGGGUGCUUCUCCGGAUGGAUUGACAAGUGAAUACGUAGUAGAAAUAAAAUGUCCCUCGACAAAGAAAGGAAAGGAAAGUUUUGUAAAGAAUAGUGUUAUCGGCAGCAAAUGGAAAGCUCAAAUUCAGCUACAAAUGUUUUUUUGCAAUAAAGUCAAGGGAUUGUUUUGUGUAGCUAAUGAAAAUUUUGAAAGCAAUAAAAAAGUGGAAAUAUUUGAAGAAGAUUAUGAUGAAAAUUAUUGUACUGAUCUUUUAGAGAAGUCCACGCAUUUUUGGAAAACAUCAGUGUUUCCGAAACUGGUUGAGACUUAAAAUUAUUCUUUUAUUAAUAAUAUAACAUGUGCUUUUGAUGUUGCGAGGUUGUCC